CUGUCUUGAUUUCGUCCAAGUGGCUCAGAGUCCACUGAGGGAGGAAGAUGGAAGUGGGAGGAAGAAAGCAGUGGGGUGGCAGUCCCGCAUCAGUCACUUCAUAGCAGUCUGAGUGAGAAUUGGAGGUGGGAGAUGCUCCCCUGGAUCUCUGCUGAAAUCUCACAGGGCUGACCAGCCGCCACACACUCAUCAUUCUGACUGCCUGAACCUGUUUCUGACAACUUUCUAGUUAACAUGAGCUCCUCAUCAGCCAACCUGCACAACAAACGCCUACCCUCGGAGAGCGAGCGCGGCCAGAGAGAGAGGCAGCGUUUCUUUGAGGAGGUCUUCCAGCAUGAUGUGGAUGUCUACCUGUCCUCAGCACACCUUUGCAUCAGAGAUUACAAAAGACCUCCUAUUGGUAGCAUCUCUUCUAUGGAGGUGAAUGUGGACUUGCUGGAUCAAAUGGAGCUGAUUGACAUCUCUGACCAGGAGGGUCUGGACGUCUUCUUCAGCUCUGUGGGAGAAGAAGGAGUGCUGACUUCCCCGCUGCCGGGAAAUAACCGCAACGACGAUGCCAUCAGUAAUGGACUUUUUCGACACGUCCUUGAGAGUCUUGACGCCAAGUCCCGCAUCUCCUCCACAUCUUCAAAUUCGUCCUCUGACAGCCAGACCAUGAAUGUCACCGGGGAAGACACUCCUGUGGUUGGGUCAGACAACGAGGAAACACACACCAACACAGUCAAGCGCAGAGCUAUUUCCCCAAAGAUAGAGGAGGGGAAAAGUCAGAAUUCAGCUUCGUCUUCAUAGGGAACACCCUCUCCUCAGUAGAUCUCCGCCUGCAACGCAGAUGUAAACACCUGAGAGAAGAGUGGACUUUGGCAUGAGAGUUACUGAAACAGACGUCUGGGGCUCUCUUCCAUGUAACUGUCUUUGAUCACUACUUACAAUCUUCCUCUCUGAUUAAUGAAACGUAGGCUGUGUUGGAACCACGAACUGUAAACAUGGAGACGUUGUUCUAGUUCUCCAUUCUUGUUCUUUGUUUUUUUGAACUCACAGGACUUGUUGUUAAGGGAUGAUUAAAUUUGUACGGUAUUAACACAAUGCAGCAAUAAAUGGGACAAAAAUAAUUAGAUAAAGUAUGACCUGAGUUAAUUUGGUAAAACUAUUGUUUUUCAAUGUUCUGGUUUGGAAAUCACAACUUUGUCCUUCCAAAACAAAUUAAUUGUUUUAAUAAUAAA